AGGGGGUGAAAGUGUUUGAAUCCAAUGUAUGGAAUAUCUGCUUCAAGCAUACCCCACUUCUCUCAGUGGUAUCUAUAGGAAAUUAUUCUAAUGUAAAGCAUUGUGAACAUAGCAACUUUAACGAGUAUAAUCCGGAUAUGGUAGCUGCAUUUGCUUCUCUCCGUGCAAUCCAGAAGUUAGUUGUUGGUGCUGAGUUGCUGCAAUUCUUUGCCUCAGGGAAUGUCCCCUUCAUCCUUCCUACACUUCUUCACCAACUGAAAGUCGUCCAACUUGAAAGCAUUGUGCUAUAUCGUUUGUCGGAAGCACGUGUGCUUGUUUGUUUAAUCACGAGCUCACCGAACUUGCAAAAUCUCAGCAUUUGGUCUAGCUCUGACCCUGGCCUUCCGCAAACAGAGGCGAUUGACAGCCUACAGUUGUUGUUGGAAGCAGAUAACCAUUCUACUGCGAGUUGUUUCCAGUGCCUUGAAGAGUUGAGGUUAGAUGCAAUCCUGGGUAACAAGGUAGAGCUGGACCUGUUGAGGUUUGCACUAGCCACUGCCCCGCUGCUUCGUAGGAUUUACAUGAAGCCGGCAAAAGAAUUAGACUCCAAAAAGGGUCACAAGUUCUUGAAGAACGUGACACAAUAUAAGCGUGCUUCUAAAGAGGCAGAGGUCAUAUAUAUUUCAGAUGACGAGGCUGACAUUUUGUAGCUUCACUCACUCUUCCCGCCGUUGGGACCAUCUUCCAUGCAUCGCGGCUUCUGUACGAUUUCAUGGUCCUAAUUACUCCUUCGUUCCUGUAAAUCAUGCAAGGAUGUUUGAUCUAUAGCUCUGUUUAGAUUUUGGAGAUGUGAUGGCUUUUGUUUCUUGUUCGGCCUUAACAUUUUGUUUCUUCUUACUUCUAACUG